CAAGAAUGAUGAAGACAUCGAAGCGGAAGAAGAAAGAAAGGCGACAAGAAGAUUCCCCUUGAUUUUCCGACGCGGAGUAAUUAUUCUUUUGUUACCAUGGAAAGAGGCCCGGAAAUCCAACUAAUUAACCCCACUACCCUUCGCAACUGCCGAACUUCCAUUCGAGAUCAAGUGUCUGGAGACGCAAACAAUUGCCGGCUCUUUUCCAUACGUGCCGUUUCGCAUCCACUACAUCAAACUCUAAAAACCAUGAAACAUCUCAUUCCACGUGUAGUUUCAUCGCCCAUCGCGAACUGCAUUCGGACCACAAUCCCUUUCAAUACCGGAUUUGGUUUCCCUCGAGCGCAUCCAAGACCAUCACAAUUUCCGCCUGUUAAUUAGGUACUCAAAGUUACCACAACCAUGUCAUCCCCCGAAUCCCCUUGGCCGUCCCCCUACCGAGCCGCCAUCUCCUUUACGAUGGACAACCUCGGCGAGGCCCAGGACGUGCUGAAGGGGGCCUGGCCGCACCCGAUCGGCACCCACCCGGCCGUCACCGACCAGCUGCCCCGCAUGCUGGCCCUGCUCGACCGGUACCGCAUCCGUGCCACCUACUUCGCCGAGGCCUGGAGCCUGGGCGUCUACCCCGCCACCGUGGAGGCCCUGGCCCGGGCCGGCCACGAGGUCGCCUGGCACGGGUUCCAGCACGAAGUCUGGAGCGGGCUGGACGAGGCGCAGGAGGCGGAGAGCUUCCGCAAGAGCUGGGAGGCCGCGCGCGCGCACGGUGUGGACUACGUCGGCUUCCGGCCGCCCGGGGGCCGGAUCAACGAGCGGACGUGGAGGCUGUUGAAGGAGUACGGGGUCGAGUAUGUCUCGCCUCUGGGAGAGUUCGGGCUGGGGAAGGAAGGGGUGGCGGUGUUGCCUUUUGACUGGCGGGCGGUUGACGCGUUUUGGUAUAUGGAGAAGUUUGACAGGAUUCGAAAGGAAUAUGGAGAAAAUGAGGACGUACGGGGGCCGAAGGAGUUCCAGACCUGGUUGAGGAAAGAAAUCGAUGAAGUGGUUAGAACUGGAGGGUACAUGUCGAUUCUGUUCCAUCCAUUCUUGCAAACAAGCGAAGAACGGUUUGAGGUGCUGGAGGAGGUCCUGAAGAGAAUCAGUGAGGACAAGAGCAUUUGGGUGGCGCCGUGCAGGGAGGUUGCUGAGUGGGUGAAGAAGCACCCCCAUCUAUUUCAAUCUGGCCCAGCUGCAUGAUGAACAAUGGAGAUUAGAUGUUGAUUAUCUGUGGAUAAAAAGAUCUCCCAUGAAUCUUUUCACAAGCAAGACGUCACUAUUGCAGGGUAAGUUCUCAGCCAUCUGAGAGUCGGUGGACGCCGGGUUAUUUCAAGUCCUCAACUCUAAGUGCAGAUACUCCAUCCUGUGAUUACCACGGUCAGUGCAAAACAAUACUAUUCUCCCGUGAAGG